GGUGGCGUGCCAAAUAAAGAAAGGAACCCUGAUACGAUUCCCAGUUUCUCCUCGGCCUCCUGUAGCACAUCCUUUAACGAGAACUCGCGCCGCGUGCCAAAGCAGGACGUAGAAUAUUCGAGAAAUCUGGCCCAAAUUAAUUAUGAGACGCGUUCAAUAUAGAAUCGAGAAGAGUUUGUUGGCUCCAACUUGAGAGGGCGCUCGCAUUGCGCUUCCUGCUUUGUGCAACCGUAAGGGGUUCUUCGAAACGCAUUAAAUGCACACUAACCAUGCACUCGCUAAAUGUUGUUCCGUUUAGCUAGUUGUUCCAUCCGCGCCUGCUUGCAAUAAAAAAGGCUCUGGAACUGCCGACCGGGGUCAGAAAUAAACAUAGAUAUGCGUCUGCUAACUGACGACCGGUGGUAAAAAUAUUAUAUUCAUUGCUUUGGAAAGGAUGGCCGAAUUUUUUCCUCUGGCCCUCGUGCUGGUGCCGCGCCUAUUUUCGGCCAAGAGAAUAUUUCAAGGACGUCUAUUUUGGUUCCUGGCUUUCCGACCACAACUACCGCUGGAUUAAUUAAUGGAGACGUACUGGCCGGCCAGUCGCUCUGAUAGGGAAUCGCGCGCGCGGCGGUGUUCCCUCUUGCGCCGACAUAUAGAGACCCCUGGCUAGUGUGUAUCUCUGGCCGUGGGUUAUAUAUAACUCGAAUAGUUGGCACCAGCGGCCGCGGAGCCGUCAGCGGUCCACGCAGAAAAGCGGCCUCUUCGCGGUAUCUUUAGGUCCACUGCCCCGCAUCCACCGACCGACCGUCCGUCCGUCCGACUCGAUUGGCGCGACGAAGCGAGUAAAUGUCAGCCCUCUGCGAGCGAGAUGAUGGUUGUUGCACUUUUUCGGAAAUCUCACAUGACAAAUGGGAUUAGAACGCGAAAAACGCUGGCAGAAUUGCGAUGCUGUCGCACUUAAAAGCAACAACUCGAGUCACGUGGAUCUGUUAAAUAUAGUUUGCGUCACGCGUGGAGGUCGUUUGGUAUUUUCACGCGCGCAAUAUAUUUUUGAAGUAACAAUUCUUCCAAGUUUUAAUUAAAACCCUCGGCGAAGCUAAUUCGAACGCGCGCUAGGAGGCUCGGGCCGCAGAUAAGCCGACUUAAUUUGAAGAAAAUAAAACUGAUUCUAUAACGUCGUCACUAAAAACACUCUCUUGUCCCAUUGCCAAAGCACGUUUCGUCGCUGUCACAUUUCAGUGCUUUCGCGUGGGCCGCCGCGAAAUCUUAAGCGAAACUGAAAUCCCCUUGAUCGUGCGCGCGGGGGGGGGGGGGCAAAAAGCAGACUGAGAUCUUUCCGCCUACGCUCUCGAUUGCAAUGUAAAAUUCCAAAACAAAAUUUGACGAAAGCAAAAACUACCACUAAGUGGAACACAAAGAACGAAGGAGGUGUUCGCUUGGUGAGUUUGUAUGCGUAUCCUCAUUUUGACCCUCGUCCACGCUCUCGCUCGCUCCCCUCCUGCUAAGCGGCGGCAGCUAGGAAAAUAGACUGGCGACGGCAGCAGGCAGCAGUUUUAGCAGCCAGUCGGUCGACGAGCUCGUCGCUCUUCUCGGGGGGCAGCGCCGCCCCGAAACCCCGACCUGCAGGCAGGCAGGGCGAUGUGACGGACCCUGCCGGGAAGGGUUGCUUCCUGAAAUGUCCCGGCGGCACCAGUACCAGCGCUCGGCUACCAUGUCUUCUCUAGUGGACAACGACGUCGUGCGCACUUGCACCAGUCUAAUCCAGCGGCUGACCACCAGGGUGCGAGGGCCGUCAAUGUCAACCAUGUCAACGAGCAACCCCGCCAUCGUGUCCUCGUCGGCCGUGGCGGCCGCUGCCAUCAGCAACAUGGGCAGCGAGCGCACCCGCCUCGAGAACAAGUACGCCGACCUGCUGGAGCGGCGCAAACUGCACGCGGCCACUACCCCGCCGGCGGUCGACACCUUGGCCGCCUCCAAGCUCAACGGCCGCUCGUCUGGCUCGAGGGACCGCACCCCGUACCGACUAAAUGACUACACGAAGCCGGCGCCCUCGGUGCAGCUCGGCAAGUACCAAUACAAGACGAGGGCCAGGACCGGCGGGCUGCAGACCUCGGCGUCCUCGUCGGCCGUCUACCGGCCGCAGCAGAGCAGCCCGCCCAAGAGCGUGGCCUCGUUGUACGCGAGGCCUAGUCCGCCCCCGCUGGCCGCCGCCAAGCGGAGGCAGUACGCGGGGGUGGCCGGGCGGCAGAGUCUGCAGAUGGAGCCGCUCACUCGGUCUAAGAUGGUGCUGUCCAACUACGAGGAGCACCUGAACGGCGUAACCCGGCCUCAGGAUAGAAUCGGCGGCCGCAACAAGUACGAGGACUACGAGGCCAAGAGUAGGAGCAACUACAGUUUCGCCAGGACGAUGGACGAACCGCCCAAGUACAGGCAGCACUCGGAGGCGGCGCGCUACCCGACCAACUUGGCCACCUCCAAAAGCUGCCAUAACUUUGGUCUUGGCAUGAAGCAUCACUUCCACAAGGAGGGGUCGCGGGACAGCUCGACGCUGGAGCGAGAAAUCGAGCCCAUGGUGUUGUCCAAGUCCAAGUCGAAGCCUCGCAAGGACAUUGACUCGCUGCUGCUCAAGUACUCGAUCAUCGACGACGCGUACUCGGGCAAAGUGAACGUGCACAACCCGUACGCGCUGGGCUCGACGGGCUCGCCGAAGCGAUACGUGAGCAAGUACGUGGCCCCGCCGGUGGUGCCCGCGGCGGCCUCCGUCGUCGCCCCUCGCCCCCACGACCCCAUGCCCCUGUCCCCAAUCAGCAAACCGUUGCAAACGCCGAAAUUCAAUUUCCGUAACUCGACUACUAGCUACCGCUCGACACCUACCCAGGAUGAUGAUGAAGGACAUCUAAUGUAUCGACACGGAGACUGUCUUCAGCACCGCUAUCGAAUCCUGGCCACCCUAGGAGAGGGAACUUUCGGCAAGGUCGUCAAAGUCAAGGACAUGGACAGAAACGACCGUGUCUUUGCUCUCAAGAUCAUAAAGAAUGUUGAAAAAUACAGAGAGGCUGCCAAGUUAGAGAUCAAUGCCUUGGAAAAAAUUUCUGAGAAAGACCCAUCUAACAGACAUUUGUGUGUCCAACUGACGCAAUGGUUUGACUACCAUGGCCACAUCUGCCUUGGAUUUGAGAUGCUGGGAUUGAGUGUUUUUGACUUCCUGAAAGACAACCAGUACCAGCCCUACCCAAUGGAUCAAGUCCAGCACAUUGGCUACCAGUUGUGCUACGCCGUCAAGUUCCUGCAUGAAAAUAGACUAACUCAUACUGAUCUGAAACCAGAGAACAUUCUCUUUGUCGAUUCUGACUAUGAAGUCACCUUCAACAACAAAAAGAAGCGAGAUGUGCGGCGUGUAAAGCGGACUGACGUUCGGCUGAUUGACUUUGGUAGUGCAACCUUUGAUCACGAGCACCACAGCACCAUCGUUAGCACCCGACAUUACCGAGCACCUGAAGUAAUUUUAGAGUUGGGCUGGUCUCAACCCUGUGAUGUGUGGUCAAUUGGCUGCAUCUUGUUUGAGCUGUACCUGGGCAUUACUCUGUUCCAAACGCAUGACAACAGAGAGCACUUAGCCAUGAUGGAGAGAAUUCUUGGUCCCAUACCUUAUAGAAUGGCAAGGAAAACCAAGACGAAAUAUUUUUAUCACGGAAAACUUGACUGGGACGAAAGAAGUUCUGCUGGACGCUAUGUCAGAGAAAACUGCAAACCUCUGCAUCGCUACCAGAUUACAGAAGAGGAGCAGCACGUGGCUCUGUUUGACUUGAUCUCUCGCAUGCUCGAGUACGAGCCCUCGAACCGCAUCACCCUGGCUGAAGCCUUGGACCACACGUUCUUCUCCUACCUGCCGCCGGAUAAAAUUCUGCACCUGCAGAUUGAAAGUGGAAAUUAAUCGCAAUCGAAACUCCCUUUCACAGGACAGGAAGCGCGUCGCGUCCCCUAAGAGCGACAACGAGGAACGCGAGAGGAGUCACUCGCUGUCCAGGUGACGUCGUAGAGAGCGUUUCGAGGAGCAUCCGUCGUUCCACCCACCAGCCAAAAUCUACCAGCCUGACUACAGUGAACCUGCGUGUUGGUGGUAGCCUUUGGUCUGGGUGGCCUGCCCGUCUGUCGUCUUCGUUUUAAGCACAACGUUCUUCAGUUUAAGUUUUACUAUCGCCGUACUUGUGGGAGAGUUUCUUUGUAAGUUAAGGAAUAUACCAACACACUCUUCGCAUCCUUAGACUUCGUCGGAACGCUUAAUUACUUGUAAAUCUGCUGUUGGAUUGUAUAGAUUUUAUUUAUAGAGAAAAGCCAACCUAGCUAUGGUUGGAUAUUUUGUAAGGAAAUCGAAAACUUCAUCAAAAAUAGUAAAAGAGAUGCUGUGAACACGAUUGUAUCGAAGUAUAGCCUGUGAAAGGGUUUUAAGUUGUCGCCCGACGUAACUCAGCGUUUUGUAAUUGUAAAUAGAACCACACUAAUUAACGCAAUGCCCUCUUCAUUUAGUUUUUUACAUAUCAUGCAACGAUUUGGCAAAGGUUCUUUAAUUUUUAACUAGCGCUUUUUUAGCUUGUUAAAUAGCUUAUGUGCAAGCCCAAAUAAAAACAGGACAAAAAUAA